AUGUCGACAUCAAAAAGGUUGUCUUCCGCGGGACUAGUCCCCGGCCUCCACCGCUCCGAAAUCAUGGUGUGCCAAUACGCAGAUAAUAUCAACUCCCAGGGCGGCGCAUGGGUCGGCGGCGAUAUCCUCUCCUACACCUUGCCGCUGGUUUUCGCCCAGUUCAUCUUCAUCUUCCUCAUUACCAGAUCCAUUUUCCUCCUCUUCAGGCCUCUUAAACAAAGUAUGAUCACUGCAUACCUUAUUAGUGGGAUUCUCAUCGGACGGACAGUUUUGGGUCGCAGCGAAGAUUUCACGGAGCUGCUGUUCCCGAUACAAGGGAGAAUGGUUCUAGAAACAAUCGGCGAAUUGGGGUUCAUGUUCCACCUUUUCAUAUUGGGCGUGAACACGGACGCGACGGCGGUGACGCGCGCCGGAAAAAACGAGAUUCUGAUCGGAACGUCGUGUUUCGUGGUGCCGUACGCGCUGUGCGGGCUCGUUGUGUACACGCUGCCGCAUUUUAUCUUCGUCAACGAGGUGACGGAGCACUGCCUUAUUUUCAUAUCCAUCAUGAGCGCCAUCUCGACGUUUCCGGUGAUCACCAGUUUGUUGGCCGACCUUAAUCUCCUCAACUCCGAGGUAGGCCGCAUGGCGACGUCGUCGUCUAUGGUCUGCGAUUUCUGCAGCUAUUUCGCGUCGCUAAUUAUGGGAUUCCUGGGACUUUCUAAAAAGUUCAAUCGAAUGAGCAUAUUUCUGACGAUUGUGUGGACGGUGGCGUGCCUGGCUUUAGUCGUGGUCGCCGUCCGGCCGGUGAUACUCCACAUCAACCGGCGGAUACCGGAGAAUGGGCCGAUGAAGGAGACGCAAUUCCUUGCGAUUAUGGUGCUUGCGUUGUUAUGCGGGUUAGUGUCGGAGAUUCUGGGGCAGCCGGCGGGGCUGGGGACUUUUAUGUUGGGGAUCGCGGUGCCGAAUGGGCCGCCGUUGGGGUCGAAUUUGGUGAAUAAGAUUGACGUGUUUUGCACCGGAGUUUUACUUCCGGCGAAGUUUGCGGUCAGUGGUCUGGAUAUGGACUUGUUCUCGGUGGGGACUGGGACCGCGGGGGCCGUUAUGGAGUUCAUCAUCAUCUUGGGUUACAUAACGAAAUUCGCCGGCACUUUUAUUCCGGCUGUUUUCGUCGGAUUUUCAGUCUCCGACGCCACGUCUCUUUCCCUCAUCAUGUGCUGCAAGGGUAUCAUCGAAAUGGCUGUCUUUAUCACCUUGAAGGAAAAUGCAAUGUUAACUUCUCAAGCACUGGGCCUACUACUAGGCACGAUGCUGGUGGUGACGGGAACGGCAACGCCACUGGUGUGCUACCUCUAUGAUCCAUCCAUGAGAUAUUUAGGUUACCGAACAAACUCCAUUCUUCACUCCGAUCCCCACACCGAACUCCGCAUGUUGGUGUGCGUUCACAACGAAGAGGAUGUCCCAGCCCUCAUUAAUCUCCUCGACAUUACCUGUCCGAACCGCCACCGCCCGAUCUCCGUCUCGGUCCUCACCUUGACGGAGCUCAAGGGCCGGGCCGAUGCUGUGUUGCUGUCCGGCUCCAGUUCUGUGCACGGCAAACCCAGCCCCAUCGGGAUGAAGCCGUCCAAGAGCCGUACGUCGGACCGGAUCGCCAACGCUUUCCACGCUUUUCGGACGCGCAACCACAGCGCCGCGGCGGUGGAGUUCUUCACGUCAGUGGCGCCGUACGCCAGCAUGCACGACGACAUAUGCACCAUCUCGCUGGAGAAGGGCGCCAACAUCGUGAUCGUGCCGUACCACAAGCGCGUGACGUUCAACGGCGACGUGAUGGCGAACUCGCCGGCGAUUCGGAUGGUGAACCAGAACGUGCUCCAGAAGGCGCCCUGCUCCGUCGGUAUUUUAGUGGAUCGCGAGAAAGUCGCUGAGAAUCAAGCGAUUCGGUUAGGCAUCACCCUGCUACGUGUCACCCUGCUGUUCAUCGGCGGGCCCGACGACCGCGAGGCGCUCGCCUACUGCUCGCGCAUGACGGACCACACCCACUCCAGCAUCACCCUAGUGUGGAUUCGGAAAACCGCCGACAGGAGGCCCGACAACCUCGACGACCCCGAAAGAGACAUAGACGCCGAGCUGGUCAAUAAAUUCCUGUCAACCCACACCGGAAACGACCGGAUCUCAUUCAUAGAAGAGUUCGCGACGGACGCCGUGGACACAACCCGAGUCAUUCGCGCUCUGAUAGGCCACUGCGAGCUUUGCAUUGUGGGUAGAUAUCAUGACCCCAACUCGGAACUCAUCUUGGGGAUCACUGAGUGGACCGAGUGCUCGGAACUCGGGGUCAUCGGAGACAUGUUGGCGACGACGGAUUUCAAGUUUUCGGUGCUGGUGGUGCAGCAGCUUCCGCAAGGGACGGCGAUGGAGCACUGGAAUACAUUGGAGCCUGUAGGCAGUAGCAGUAGGCAUAGUCAAAGUAGCCGAGUUUUCAAACCUUAUAGCUCUAGGAGCUAUAGAGAACCUUUGAAACUUUAAUCUAU